AGGGAGAGAGAGAGAGCGCGCCUGUUCUUCACCCCGGUCCAUCCAAUGGCGAGGAGCAGACUGAGUCGCUAUGGUGACGAGAUUGUUUCUACGGAGGCUGUGAUGGGUUGACAGGUGCGUGACAGUCGCGUCUGUGCAAGCAUGUACGCCAAAGGCAAGAACAGCGUGCCAUCGGACAGUCAAGCCCGAGAAAAGUUAGCUCUGUAUGUGUAUGAAUAUCUGCUACAUGUGGGAGCUCAGAAAUCAGCACAGACCUUUCUGUCAGAGAUCCGAUGGGAGAAGAAUAUAACAUUAGGAGAGCCGCCAGGGUUCUUGCACUCAUGGUGGUGUGUUUUCUGGGACCUCUACUGUGCUGCUUCUGAGAGGAGAGAAUCAUGUGAACACUCAAGUGAAGCCAAAGCUUUUCAUGACUAUAGUGCAACACAGAGUCCGGUGAUUGGAAGUCCUCCUGGGGACGGUAUGCCUUUGCCCCCGGGAUUUUUCCAGCAGUUUAUGUCUCCUCGAUACCCAGGUGGGCCCAGAGGCUCUCUCAGAAUACCCAAUCAGGCUUUGGGGCCUGGGAACCAGCCUCUGCUUCCCAGUGGGAUGGAUCCUACCAGACAGCCAGGCCAUCCCAACAUGAGUGGGCCUAUGCAGCGGAUGACCCCUCGAGGAAUGGUUCCUAUUGGACCACAGAACUAUGGUGGUGGGAUGAGACCUCCCCUAAAUGCCAUAUUGGGACCUGGAAUGCCUGGGAUUAACAUGGGUCCUGCAGGAGGAAGACCAUGGCCCAAUCCUCCAAAUAACAAUUCGAUCCCUUAUUCAUCUGCGUCUCCAGGCAGUUAUUCGGGUCCCCCAGCAGGAGGCGGACCUCCCGGGACACCCAUCAUGCCCAGUCCUGCAGAGUCAAACAAUUCGAGUGACAACAUGUACACCAUGAUCAGCUCAGUCCCUCCAAAUGGAAACAGACCAAAUUUUCCUUUAGGUUCAGGUGCCGAUGGCCCAAUAGGCAGCAUGGCAGGCAUGGAGCCUCAUCAUAUAAAUGGUUCAUUAGGAUCUGGUGACAUUGAAAGCCUCCCAAAGAGCUCACCAGGAAACCUCAGCAUGAAUAAUCAGCCUGGCACACCAAGAGAUGAUGGAGAAAUGAGUGGCAACUUCCUCAACCCAUUUCAAAGUGAAAGUUAUUCUCCAAACAUGACAAUGAGUGUGUGAGAGGACAGCACAGA